GCGCUGCCAAACAAUGAAUGAGGGUCUAACCAUUCAAUAUGUAACCCAUUCAUCCGCCGUUACUCCUCUACUACGCCGCGUGAAUUUAGUUCUCUUUGUCAGAGACACGAAACUGCUUAUGAUACUCUGUCGUUGAAGUUGCUUGCGAAAUAAUUUUCAUGUGAUCCGUCAUGACAUCCGGCUAUAAAGAUUUAUCAAUAACCGUUGAGUUUAGAGGGGGCGCCGAGUUGCUGUUCGAGAAAAAAAAGAAUGAGCUCAACCUGCCAGGUGACGAGGAGUGGACUCUACGUCGCUUGCUGUUUUGGAUCCGAGACAACCUCCUUAAAGACAGGCCAGAAUUAUUUCUACUUGGCGAUACAGUACGACCUGGAAUUCUUGUGCUCGUCAAUGACGAAGACUGGGAAUUGUUGGGACAAGGAGAGUAUAAAUUAAAGCCCAGAGAUACCGUCCUUUUCAUUUCCACUCUACACGGAGGUUGAGCAGAUGUAUAUUUUUAUGCAAAUAUUCUGUAAAUGUACUUUAAACUUGCGCAGAAACAGAAUGAAAUUAAAUAUCCAUAAUAAGACUCAUACAUUGUUAUUCAUUCUAUUCUAAUGCAAAAUACAUUCGUACUUGUUUAA